AUGAAGCGUAAGCUCUCAGAUGCCGGCGACCAGCCGCAAAAUAUCUCCUCCAAAAGACGCCGAACAGCCUUAGAGCAGUCCAACGGCGCCCUGAACGGCGGCGCGCCAAACCAGGCACCCCCGAACAACGAUGCCUCCCACGAUCUUCCACCAACACAGCAGGGCCUAUCAACGCCUAAGAAGGCCAAGGAUGUGUCUGCGACCCCGUUGCAAAAAUCUGGCCUGAAAACACCAACUCAUAAAUCAAGUGCUCGCCGCUUGUUCGCCACGCCUACAAAACCCAAGACCGCAACUGCGGCUACCCCAUCUCGAGUGAAAAACGCAGACCGUUCGGCACGAAAGAAGAGUGCAAGAGUGCUGUUUGAGCAGGAUGAAGACGCCGCGUGGGAUGGGUCAGAGCGCUUGGCGGAGGAAAUUCUUCAGAGCGAUGAACACGACAAAGAGAACCCCGUGGCCGAGAGCAUUGAGCCAGAAGAGGCUUCAGAAAAUGGCGCGAAAAAGCCCAAGCGCCGUGCGGGACGACCAAAAGGCGCGAUGAACAAGCGUUCCCCAACGCCCGAAGGAGAACUCCCUGCACACGAACGAUACUUUUUCCAGAAUCGCGCCGGUCCGAACAAGACAUCCAAUGCCACUUUGAAAAAAGUGCCGCUGUUAACGCAUGAAGAAUACUUUGAGAAGCUCGAGCAAUAUAAGGAUCCGUGCAGAGAAGAGAAGGAAUAUCUGCUGUCUUUGCACCACCGGUCCUUCCCACAAUGGGCCUUUGAGUUCGACGAAGGGUUUAGCAUCUGCCUGUUCGGAUACGGCUCGAAGCGCAAACUCGUCGACCAAUUCGCAGAAUGGAUAUAUAACCACCGCCUAUCAGCCACUACGACUCCCCACAUCAUAAUCGUCAAUGGUUACACACCAGGUAUUUCGAUCCGCACAAUCUUCGCCACGAUCGUCGCAGCCGUAAUGGGCGAAAGCGCCCCAUCCAAGCUGGGCGCACAGCCAACCGAAGUCCUUGAACUCCUGCAGUCUGUGCUCAAAUCUCGUGCGGAAGACGAAGAACCCGUCACCGUUCUAAUCAACUCGAUUGACGCCCCGCCCCUUCGCCGCGCAGCCAACCAAGCACUCCUCGCCCGUCUAGCGGCAACACCACGCAUCCGCCUGCUCGUCACGGCCGACACCCCCAAUUUCCCCGUCAUGUGGGACAUUAGCUUGCGCGACCAAUUCAACCUCGUCUUCCAUGACUGCACCACCUUCCUCCCCUUCUCAGCAGAGACCGAUAUCGUCGAAGAAGUGAAUUCCCUCUUAGGCCGCAAGGGCCGUCGUGUCGGCGGAAAGGACGGUGUCGGCUUCGUGCUCAAGAGUCUUCCCGAGAACGCACGCAACCUCUACCGCGUCCUGCUAACAGAGCUGGUUGCUCUAUUUGAUGACGGGCACCAGUCUGACGAGGAGGUUCCGGCGGAGAGUGGCAAGCCCGGCGAGGAAACUGGUAUCGAGUUCCGUAUGCUCUACCAGAAGGCAACAGAGGAGUUUGUCGCAUCUUCGGAGAUGAUGUUCCGUACCUUGUUAAAGGAGUUCCAUGACCACCAGAUGAUCACUUCGCGUAUGGACGCUAGUGGCAUGGAGAUCUUGGGGGUUCCGCUCUCAAAGGAUGAAAUGGAAGGUGUACUGGAGGAUCUGGUGCUAGGGUAG